AGGCGCGAUGGCGGCGAGCAGCAGUUUUCCGUUUCAGGGGCUGUUGCCCAAGAGGGAGACCGGCGCGCUGUCCUUUCUUAGCCGGCGGCCCGAGAGUGACGGCCGCGGGGUACUGAUCGCCGUGCUUGACUCGGGGGUGGACCCGGCGGCGCCGGGGCUGCAGGUGACAACGGAUGGAAAACCAAAGAUUAUUGACUUCAUUGAUGCUUCUGGAAGUGGUGAUGUGAAUACUUCCACUGUUUUAGAAACUAAGGAUGGUGAAUUGGUUGGUCUUUCAGGAAGAACCCUCAAGAUACCAUCAGACUGGAUCAACCCUUCAGGGAGAUACCAUGUUGGUAUCAAGAAUGCCUUUGAUUUCUAUCCUGUGCCACUCAAGGAAAGAAUUCAGCAAGAGAGACGGGAGAAGCGAUGGGAUCCUCUUCAUCGUGUGGCUGUGGCAGAAGCACACCGAAGGCUGACGGAAUUCAACAAAAACACCGCAACUCUAUCUCAGGAAGAGAAGCUGAUACAGGAAGAUCUUCAGUGCCAAAUUGAUCAGUUGGAUAUACAAGAGAAGAAAUAUUCUGACCUUGGACCUGUAUAUGACUGCUUGGUUUGGCAUGAUGGAGAGAGUUGGAGAGCUUGUCUUGACACCAGUGAAUGUGGAAACCUGAGUAGCUGUCGAACUCUAAGGAGCUACAAGGAAAGCUAUGAAUAUGCACAGCUGGGUAAAUCAGAAAUGCUGAAUUACUCCAUCAAUAUUUACGAUGAUGGCAACACUCUUUCCAUUGUCACAAAUUCUGGAUCCCAUGGGACACAUGUGGCUGCAAUUGCUGCUGGGCACUUUCCAGAAGAUCCAGAGAGGAAUGGCGUAGCUCCUGGAGCCCAGAUUUUGGCCAUUAAAGUGGCUGACUCCAGGUUAAACACGAUGGAAACUGGGACCAGCUUAAUCCGUGCCAUGAUUGAGGUGAUCAAUUACAAGUGUGACCUUGUCAAUUACAGCUAUGGUGAAUCAGCUCACUGGGCUAACUCUGGGAGGAUAUGCAAGGUGAUUGAAGAGGCGGUUCUGAAGCACAACAUUACCUUUGUGUCCAGUGCUGGCAAUAAUGGACCCUGUCUGUCCACAGUUGGUGCUCCAGGGGGUACUUCCACGUGUAUCAUUGGUGUUGGUGCAUACGUCAGUCCAGAUAUGAUGGUGGCCGGAUACUCUAUGCGGGAGAAGUUGCCAGCUAACCAGUACACGUGGUCAUCAAGAGGACCUUGUGUUGAUGGAGCACUGGGAGUGUGCAUCACUGCCCCGGGAGGAGCCGUGGCAUCUGUCCCGAACUGGACACUGUGUGGCAUGGAGCUGAUGAAUGGGACCUCUAUGUCUUCUCCAAAUGCUUGUGGAGGCAUUGCUGUCUUAAUCUCAGGUUUGAAAGGGAAUGGCAUUGGUUAUACCGUGCAUUCAGUGCGCCGUGCUUUAGAGAACACAGCAAUGAAGGUGGACAAUGUUGAAGUGUUUGCACAAGGCCAUGGAAUCAUUCAGAUUGAUAAAGCCUAUGACUACCUCAGCCAAAAUGUCUCAGUAAAAAGCAGCCAUUUGGGCUUCAAUGUCAAGAUAUACCACUGGCGUGGAAUCUACCUCAGGGAGCCAGCAUAUCUGUCUGUGCCAAUUGACUUCUCUGUUUCCGUGGAGCCAGUCUUUCCUGAAGACACAGAUAACAGUGAGAAGAUUGGUCUGCAGAUACACCUGGCUUUGACGUGCAAUGCAUCCUGGGUGCAGAUUCCUUCCCACCUGGAGCUGAUGAACCAGUCACGGCGGGUGACAAUCCGGGUGGAUGCCCGCGGUCUUAAGGAAGGGUCGCACUACACCGAGGUCAUUGCUUAUGACACAACAGCUCCCAGUGCUGGCCCUUUGUUCCGAAUUCCUGUCACAGUUAUUAUCCCUUCGAGGGUAAAUGCAGGUUGUGAAUACAAAAUUGAGCAAAAAGAUGUUGCCUUCAAGCCUGGAGACAUCAGAAGAGAAUUUAUUGAAGUACCCCAAGGAGCUACGUGGGCUGAGAUAACUUUAACUUCGAGGUCGGAAGACAAAACAUCGGAGUUUGUAGUGCAUGCUGUCCAGCUUCAGAAACUUAAAGCCUUCCGGGUGCAUGAAUUUUACCGACACCUGUACCUGUCGGAGAAAGCUACCGCAACGGAUAGUUUUGCAGUCCGUGAAGGAGGGACCAUUGAGGUUUGCAUUGCUCACUGGUGGUCGAGCCUGGGCCAUACUGCCAUUGACUACACCAUUUCAUUCCAUGGGCUGAAAUGCAGCACUGAUGUAGUGCACAUUCAUGCCUCUGAAGGUAUUGUGCGAUUUGAUACCACAGCUUCAAUGAAAUAUGAGGAAAUUUCCCCUGUCUUCACUCUCAAAACCUGGGUGCAGACGCUUCGGCCAGUGGAUGCUAAAACAAGACCUUUAGGCUCUCGCGAUGUCCUACCCACUAACCGACACCUAUAUGAACUGGUCUUGACCUACAAUUUCAGCCAGGCCAAGUGCAGCGAGGUGAUCCCCAGCUGCCCUCUCCUCUCCGACCUGCUAUAUGAGUCCGAGUACGACAGUCAGCUGUGGAUGCUGUUUGAUCAGAACAAGAGAUUGAUGGGAUCGGGCGAUGCGUAUCCUGACAGGUACUCACUGAAGUUGGACAAAGGGGACUAUGUGAUUCGCCUCCAGAUUCGGCAUGAGUCGCUGAGCGAGCUGGAACACUUAACAGACUUGCCGUUCCAUAUCAGCCGCAAGCUCCCAGCCCCGUUAAACCUGGAUGUAUACCGGACCCACGUCAACGCCCUGCUCAACAAGAACAAGUGUGGCAGCAUUACGCUGGAUCCAAAAUACACCAUCCCAUUCUACGUCACCACGUUGCCCGAUGACAAAGUUCCCAAAGGAAUUGAUAUUGGCUGCUAUCUUAUGGGAACACUCACCCUUUCUAAAACUGAAAUGGGCAAGAAAGCUGACGUGCACACCGUGUUCUACCACCUGAUACCCCCUCCAAACAAGAUGAAGAAUGGCAGCAAAGAUAAGCCAUCCAAAGAAAAAGAAAAAGACCCAAAGGAACUGUAUGAGGAGGCUUUAAGAGACCUCAGGAUCCAAUGGCUGCCCAAACUGGAACAACAUGAGGAACUGACAUCAAUGUACCCUGAAAACUUACCUGUACAUAUUGCUUACCUCACCAGCCUUGAUUCUGGAAAGGAACGGCUGAAGAGGCUAGAUGAAAUCAUUCAAGCUGCUGAUGUGGUUAUCUCACACAUUGACCAAAAAGCCUUGGUGACUAACUUGGUCAUGAAGACUGACCCAAGACCAGAUGCUGCAGCAAUCAAAAGUGAGAUGGAGAAACAGAAGUCAGCACUGAUCGAAGCUCUCUGUGUGAAAGGGUGUGCCCUGGCUGAUACAUGUCUUCAAUCCCAGUCACAAAGUGAAGUGGCUUCAAUCAGAUCGGUCGGUCAGAAUGAGGAUGAGGCAGAUGACGUAUCCAGGAGUCUGACGGAAACGUUCCACGAUGUCCAAAAGUGGAUCGAUCUCACUGACAGUAAGGCACUGACUUUUGCGUAUAAGCAUGCAUUGGUGAAGCAGCAUUUUGGACGUGCAUUGAAGUUUGCUACAAAAAUUGUUGAGAAUAAGCCAAGCCAAGAGAACUGGAACAACUGUAUUCAGUUGAUGAAGUCCCUGGGUUGGGAGCACUGCGCCUCUCUCUGCGAGAAUUCUCUGCUGGUGAUGUACCCUCCGGAUUAUGUUCCCUUUUAAUUCAUAUCUGUGGAGUGAAGAAUAUCGAGUGCUUAUUUAAUCAGGAUUGGUCCGUGAGGACCCAGAUGGAUGAUUGGAGUGGACUUUAUGUUUGGAUUAUUUUCAUAUGUCGCCUUCUUUUAAAAAAAAAAAAUUGGACUGUGGUGGAAUCUACAAGAUAAUUGUGUGUGGUUGGUGUUAGGAAAUCUUCAGGUUUUGUUUGCCAGCUGUCGAGGAAUCUUCUCCCUUUGUGACAUUGCCCAGGCUGUGUUUCGGAAAAGACAGGGACUCCUUCAGGUUUGUCAGAAUUCCAUCACCAUCCAACAUCCUUCCUUCAAUCCCGGUAGAUUUCUUCAUGCCUUCCUCUCAGAACCACAAGAAACAUGCUCUUCUUUCUAUUUGGGAAUCGUGCACCAGCAGUGUUAGCGAAUCCAAAGGAGGCAUUGGGGUGUUGUAUGUGAUGGGGUCUGGCCUUCCACAGUGUGGCCAGAACCUGGCCUGGGACACCUGAAGAAGGGGGAACAGACCAGGGAGAUUUUGAGGAAAGAACAGUCAGGGGGAAGCUAGCUGUCUUUGCAACCUGAUGUACCAUCCAGUCGAUCAGUUCCAUAACUCUAAAUGACAAAUGCCCAUCAAAAAUCUACCAAUGUCAAUCUAACAAUUGCCCUUCAGCAUUGGCAGCUGUUGGGAUAAUGUUUCUCCUGUCCAACAUAUACAACAUGCUGGAGGAACUCGGCAGGUCAGGCAUCAUCUGCGGAAAUGAAUAAAGAGUCGACAUUUCAGAUCGAGACCCUUCUUCAGGACUGGCAAGUGAGGGGAGGGGCAGGACUACAAGCUGCAGGUAAGGCUGGGUGGGUAGGUAGGAGAGGGGGCGAUGAAGUAAGUAUCAGAAUCAGGUUUAAUAUCGCUGGUGUAUGUCAUGAAAUUUGUUUUGUGCCAGCAGUAAAUGCAAUACAUAAAAAUUAAAAAUAUAAAUUACAAUAAGAAAUAAAUAAUGAAAUAACAAAUACAAACAGAGCAAAAAAAAAAGAAAAAAAUAGUGAGCUAGUGUACAUUGUCCGUUCAGAAAUCUGAUGGCGGAGGGUAAGAAGCUGGUACUGAAAUGUCGAGUGUGUGUCUUCAGGCCCCUGUAUCUCCACUUUAGUGGUAGCAAUGAGAAGAGGGCAUGUCCUGGGUCAACUGUGUAUUCCCCCUCAAAAGAUGCCUUGUGAACAGAUAUGCUGAAAACUCCCCACCCUCCCCAAACCCCCGAAUGAAUCGUAGUAAAAGCAGUUUCCACUACCCCACUCCAGAACUUCAGCUAGGUGUAUGUGGCCCUGAGUCACUUUUGUGCCCUGAUGUGGUCUCUACUUCCUGUGCAACAUUGCAUCUGCCCAGCAGUUAUACUGGUGGUAUUACACAGCAGGUCAAACAGCAUCUGCAGGGGAGGGAUUGUUAAUGUUUCAGACUGAAACCCUGCAUCAAGACUGGCAUCAGGACUUGUAAUUUCUUCCAACCCCAGCAGCAGUCUCCACAGAUGCUGCUCAACCCGCUGAGUUCCAAGAACAAAUUGUGUGUAGCCUCAGAUUCCAGCAUCUGUGUCUUCACUGUUUUUUGGCCACAUUCUCCUGGAAGCUAUGGUAGCACGAUGCUGAUACGGCAGGGGUGUCAGAGUUUGGAGUUUAAUUCUAAUGUCCUCUGUACAGCCACCCUAUGUCCAUAGAUGUACUGGUUUGUAUGUUGAUUGGCCAUUGUAAAUUGCCUUGUGAUAAGGCUAGGAUUAAGUAAGUGGAUUGCUGGGCAGUGCAGUUUGUGGGGCCGGAAUGGCCUAUUCCACUGUAUCUCUGAAUUAAAAAAAUAAGAAUUAUCUUGGUAAACGUCAUCAUGAAGCUGAGACAGAUGUGAAGAUACCGCCUUUCCCUGCUGCCCCGGCUGGGUCUAUAUCUGACUCCAGAACCAGGAGAGCAACUGUUGAGUCUCCUCUUCAAGGAUGUCCAGCAAAGUAUUCAGUGCAGAACCACGACUGUCACCUCCACCAAUAACCAUUACACCCGCAGGAAAAACAAACACGUUAAAUUGUCAACCACUGAAGUGUGAAUUAGGCUGUUGCCGCCAAUUCUGCAGGAUGUUUCCUUGUUCCAUUGUCCCAUAGUUGUCAGAACUUGUCUUCCUGUUCACCGAAAUAACUCUGCCCUCCAGCUACCCUCUUCCCCCACCCCCAGUGUCCCUCCCCAUUCCAGCUUCCCUCACUUUUGAUGAGACAGGGAUUUACAAACACUUGAGACUCUAGCCGAAAUAGCCUGGCUGAGACAAACAACUCGGUAGCCUGAGACAAUCCAUUAGCUGGUAAAAAACAACAUUGGUCUGUCAUGGAAUUGGAUAAAUAUUUUUACGUUGCUUUUGUUGUGCAAUGCAGGUUUUAAUAUGAAAUAAUUUCAGCUGUUAUUUAUAUAAAUGCUGUUUAAUUAUAUCUAGGACUGCAUGUUGUUGCUUUCCACGUGAUCAUUAUUUCAAAACAAGAAAAGUAUAUUCUUUAUACCGCGCAGGGGAAGAAGGAAUAUCCCCAUUGUGCCUUCAGAUGUGGAGCAGCCUUUUGUAAAUGCAUAUCAGUGUUUAUCAACGAAUGAUCAAUGUGCUAAUUAAGGACUGGUGGAUCUCAUUUCUUACCAGUGAAGGAAAUGUGUUGCCCUGUGACAUUAAGGAAAGAAGACUACUUCAUAUAAACUUCCUGACAAUUGUGAUUAUGCAUUCUGCAAAAAUUACUAAAUAUUCCAACCAAAUAAAUCAUAAGUUGUUUAACAGAUGA